AUGGAAAAAAUAAACUAUAUCACCGAAGACGAUGAUAAAGAUCAUAGAACAGAUGAUGAUGAUAACAAUAUUGGUGAUGAUGAAGAUGCUGAUGAUGAUGACGAUGCUGAUGAUGAUGGUGAUGGUAACGAUGCUGAUGAUGAUGGCGACAGAGAUACUUUAAACUUUAAUAACAGUGAUGUAGUUGAUUAUAACCAAACAGACCUGGAGUACACUAAUUAUGAAAACAAUAAAAACUUUUAUCACUCAACGAUUAAAAAUAAAGAUACAAUUUGCGACCAAAGCAGGACGAAUGACUCGGUGAACGAUGACAAAAUUGAACUAGAUAAUGGUGACAACGUAUCAAAUGAAGGCUCUUUCGAUAACCACAACAACACUGAUAUACCUGAAACUGAAAUGUUUCAUCCUCAUACAAACAAUCAGGCGAAAAAUCCUGAUUUAAUGAUUCCACCAUCGAUAAGUGUUUCCCAAUCGCCUUCAAAAAAUUUAUCUCAACCCACGACAAAAAAUUUCAUUCCUUCGAUAAUUCACCUACUUCCAUCUUUUCCAAUAGCAACAACAACAACAACAACGAAGCCUAGAUCGAUUUUCCUUGCUACAAAAAACAAUACAACAGCAUCAACAACAAUACAAACAUUCUCUCAAACGUUAACUAAGCCAUUGUAUUUUUCAAAAACUUCAAAAAACCCAACUACAACACCGCCAAAAACAAAUCCACCGGCUACAAAAUCGCCGUCCCAUGCGCCGGUCGCCACCAAACGUACCACACAGACUACAAAUUCACCAGGAAAAACUACUGCGACGAUAAAUUUUUCCAAUUUGGUAACUACGGCUGCUAUAGAAAAUUGUAAAUCACCUGAAAAUAAUUCACCCCCGACGAACGACCAAACAACUCAAACGAGUAAAAAGUCACCAGCCAGCCAGUCCCCCAUCGUUCAAUUAUUAACCCGUGGACUACACACUUAUAAAUUAUUACACCUGCCAGGGAAAAUCCCAAAAGAUUAUAACGACGACGACGACGAUGAUGACGAUGUUGAUAAUGAUGAUGACGAUGUUGAUAAUGAUGAUGACGAUAUUGAUAGUGAUGAUGAUGAUGAGCCUAACAGUGAUUUAAAUGAUCAUGAUUGUAUAGCAGAUAAUAAUAUAAAAGAUGUUGGCAUGGAUAGCGAUGAAAUUGAAAGUAAAAAUUUCGAAAAUGAAACCCAAAUCGCUGAUGACGACCGGGUAAUAAUCGAAACUGCCCCAGAUGACAUAAAUUUUCACAGCGAAUCAAUCACUACCAAUUUAUUAACGACACCAAUCUCAUCCAUUCCAGGCCCGCUACGAUCACAACAACCACCCUUCUAUCCAACUCCUAAUUUCUUACUGCAAAUGAUGCUAACAGGAGCGCUGAACUCUCUCUCCGUUGGAUCAACUUUAUCAGAGGAAAAUUUAUUUGAAACAUCGUCAACCACAUCUACCCAAUCACAGACUAUUAGUGACGAGAAUUCAUUUUCUCCAUUGGCUCAAAAACAUUCAGCAACAAAAGAAACAGAGCUAACAAAAUCAAAAAGUAAAUCAACGAAAUCAUUUUCAGAUAUACAACUUCUAGAAACCGCAACGUCAGAUGUAGUAGUGAAUGUACCCAGUUUUGAAUUCAAUGCACACCUAUUAGCAAAUAACAAUAGCAGAGUUGUCAAAGCAACAUCAACUCCGAUACUCUAUCUAACAUCAAGGAUUAUGCCUCCAACGACAAAUACUAAUACUACUGCAACAUCAAUAACAACAGAACAAAAAUCUAAUUCGCCUUUAGAAGAAACAACCAAUACUACUACUUCUACUGCUACCACUACAACUGACGCUACUACUACUACUGCUGCUGCUGCUGCUGCUGCUGCUACUGCUACUGCUACUAUAACAGCAAAAAAACACGAUGAUGAUGACAAUGAUAAAGAUGCCAAAGACGAUUAUGAUGAUGGAGGAUUAGAUAACAAAACUAUAAAUAAACCGCAAAAAAUCUUCCUCUGCUCAUUUGAUAAUCGUGCCUUGAAUUGCAUCAGCCAAUCCUGUAAUAAGAUCCACACGUCACCUUUCCUUAUCAACAACUUCUUUAUAAACGAUAUAUACACCGGCUUCAUUAAAAGCAUAAUUAUCAACAAAGUCAAUAAAAGUAUCUACAAAGGAUGUCAUGAUUGCAAAUACGAGAUUGAUAACUUUGACAGAGUGUAUAACCUAAGAGAUGAUGUCAACCGUCAGAGCGGACAAUGCAAACUCGAUUUGUGCAAAUGUGGUUUUAAUAAAGAUUGCAGACUUAAUGAUAUCUUGUCUACAAAUCAAAGUAAUCUGCCAACUUUAAUCAACACGGAUCUUAAAAAUUAUAUUUCUGACUUUUUAGAUAUAGAUGAUACACCAGCAAAUGAUAGCACUCUAUUGCUGAAUAAUACACUAACUACGGCUAACAAAACCUUAGAUACUAUCCAGAUCAAUGCAGCUGAAUUAAACGAUUCAAAUGCCAAUAUUCGUAAUUUCAAACCAACUAAUUGUAAUGUGAAUGAAAAUAAAAAAAUCAAUAUUGACAAUGAUGACAAAGUGAAUCUCGAGAAUAAAACACCUACUAAAAAUGUUGACGGUAAUGAAAUAGCCAGAAAAACGUUUUCUCUAACUGGCACAGCCGAAAAAAUGUCACCACCGACAAAUCCUCACCAGACCAUCAUUCCACCUCUCAUCUACCUAAUUUCAGCAACAAAAACAACAACACCGAAACCUAAAACGCUUUUACAAGCGCCUCUUUUAAGUAAAAUUGUGCCAAAUUCUAGACAAACAACUUCAACAAAAACGCAUCCACUAGGUAAGAAAGCUUCUAAUAGAGUUUCCACAUCCGGUUUUUCACGCCGAGAACCAAUUUUCAAAUUAUUGGCAAAAUCUUAUAUACCAUCUCAACCCCAUAAAAAGGUUGACGAAAGAAAAAACUUAAAUACGAUAAAAAAUUCACUUACAAAAACAGAGUCCCCGUUGGCUAAGCCAAAGUUUUCUAAAUUUGACAAAAACAACCGACAAGACUGGCAAGAAACUGCGAAAGCAAUUUCAGAAUUGUCGUCAUCAUACACAGAUUCUCCUACAAACUUAACUGCUAAUGCAGAGGCAAAACAUUUUCAUGAAAUAAAAAGCGAUCAAACGAAAUCUUUAAAAAAAUUUAGAAUCUCUCAACAAAAAUCAACUGAAUCAACUCCUUCAUGUUCAGAAACUGCAAAUUUGUGCACAGAAGUUAUGAAAAAUUUCCUCGAUAAUCAUCAUAGCACUAGGGUUAGGCCUCUUUGUUAUAACAAACCACAUUACAACGAAGUGCUUGAUUAUUUGAAAAAAUUGUCGUCACGAAACAAAUUAAUAACAAACUCUUCAGCAGAAAAACUGAAAUCAAUUCUAUCGAGAGAGUUUUUUAGUUUUAAUUUGAAAAAAAAUUCAACAGCGGACAUCUCAGAAUCAGAAACAAGAAUAUCUUUGUCGUUAUCGUCGUCAUCCUUCUUAUUAAAAACAACGUCAACGACAAUUCAAACUGAAUCAUCACUGAGUAGAAAGCACAACUCAGCAACAUCAUCAGCUACAUCAGUAGCUACAUCAGUAGCUACAUCAUUAGUACCGUCAAAAUUAAGUCGAACUACACCCCAUCUUAGCCAACAACAAAAACAAAACUCACCCGAAUAUGUUAUUGGCAAUGAAAAAAAAUAUUUUGACGAGCAGCAAGAGAAAUAUUCCGAUCUACACUUCAACCUUUUCCAAAAGAUGCAAAACUCGGAGCAACAGUCUGCGCGCCUGCUUUUUCAAUCUAAACACACACCUACAAAUUACAUGAUUCGAGAAAAUGUUGACAUCAGCAAACUAGCGCGACCACAAAAUUUUUAUUUGCAACAAGAUUUUAGGAAAUCACAAAAAAUGAUGUCUGAGAAAGAACGAAAAUUGAAUUCGCCGAAAAAUUUCAAGCCACAAUUUAAUAAAAUUCAAUCAGAUUUCUUUCAAGAUGGUGAAAAAAUCUCCACCCAUUCAAAACAACAAACUCCAGAAAACUAUCAACUAAAACCACUGAAACGCUAUCGAAGGCGUGUAAAAUAUCGACAACGACAUAUGAAAGUGCAUAAGAAAAUUUUUAAGAUUCAAAAUAAGAAGAUUCAAAAAUGUUUUCAGCUGUCGAAAUCAAUGAGUCAAUCACAUUUCCAGCAUUGCAACCAACAUUUACAGCAAAAACAUCUGGUCCAACAACUGCAGCAUCUGCAACAUAAUCUUGAAGAACAAGCUAAUCGUGAACAAGAACAAUUUUUUCUGCAACCAAAGCAACGAACUCAAGAAGAGAAACGCGAAAAUUUUUUAUCAGAAAGCGACGAACCACAUGCUACGCAACAAAACAUCGACGAUCAACAGUCUCAUAAUCGGCAGAAAAUUUUGCAAAAUAAAAUUUCCAUCAACCCAUUCAACCAUUUUUUAGAUUCUUCAAAACAUUCACAAACAUUCGCCUCAAAUUCAGAAGAAAAACAACAAAUGAAACCUCAAUCGCAAAGUCAAAAACAUAAACGCCAGCAUAAAGAAAAUGACAAUCAAAAAUUUCAAAGCCAAGAAAGCAUUCGACAGGACUUAUUCCCUUCAACAGUCAUUAGUUCACAAGAAAUAUUCGAGGUAGUUUCUCAAAAAUCGGACCAAAACUCAGCAACCGAAUGGACCGAUUCAAUGGCCGAUCUUUCUUCACCAUCCACCAGUGAUAACACCAUCAUCCAAAAGGGAUUGAACAUCGGCGAUGAAUCCAACGAAAAUACAAACAUUUCUGAACUGUCGAAUAUUUCGCCGCCCACAGAUGCAAAAGUUUCCAAUCAUCUAAACAAGCAAUACGACAGUUUCAGAAGGAACAUCCUAGAAAAAAGCCAAACUAAAAACUCAUCGUUGAAUAAAAAAAAACAACAGAAUGAGAAACAAGAAGAACAAAUUGAAAAAGAGUCACAAAAACAUCAACUUGACUUACAAUCAAAGACGCAACAAACACAACAAAGCCAAGGCAACUUUGUUUCAAAGGUGAACGACAGAGAACAACUUCAGAACGAGGUGAGACAUAAUGCGAAAAAGCAGCAACAACCAACGCCUCAACAAUUAUUGAAACAACAACAAAAUUCCACUGAACCGCAACAACACAUGAGGCCGAUAGACCAACUAGGCGAUCGGCAACAACAUUCCAUCAAACGAGAACAACGUAGCGUGAGACAAACAUCAACCAAACCUCCGAGACCAACUAGACCACCAAAUUUGACGAGACCGCAUCAACAACAGCAACCAGGUUCUAACAUAGAAACUGCGAAACUGUCUACGGAUUUUUCAAAAAUUUCAGAAAAUUCCUUCCAACAAUCUCAAAAUAUUCAACAGCCAUAUUUCACGCUGAACCAGCAUCCAGAUAAUGUCUCUAAGAAGAACAAAAAAAAUUUCUUCAAAGCAUUCGUGAAUUUAAUCAAAAAACCGAGCAAAAAAUUAAAAUUGAAACAAGUUUCUUUUAAUGAGAGUUUGAAAUCCAAUUUGUCAACUGACGAGAUCAAACCCAGCAACCAAGAACGAAUAAUUUGUGAAGCUGAUGUGAAUCAACAAAAGCAGACAAGCUCAGGAAAGAAAGAUUGCACGAUUAAAACAGACGUCAAAUCUGAGAAGACAUUCAUAGGCCGAAUCCUCUCCUUACUGGUUCGCAACAUUCAGAAAAAUAAACGUGAGGUUAGGUUUAAUAAUCAAGAACUUCAACAACCACUAUCACAGCGGAGGAACAACGAAAUACCAAAUCUUCAAGUUUUUGAAUCAAAUUUGACAAAAAAUUUUAAACCAACCAGGCCGUAUGAUAGACCAGCUCAUACAAAGCCACCAGAAUUAGCAGCAGCAGUCUCAACACCAACAACAGCAGCAGUAGUAGUAAUAACAUCAGCAGAAGCAGCAGGAACGACAUCAAUUAAAGCAGUAACAACAAAACCGGUUUCAAAAGCUGAACUAAUCCAAUCCACCUUCGAAAGAUCUUUUUUUAAAAAUAGGAAUUCGUUACAGAAAUUGAUCGUACACGAUAUAUCGCCGACAAAUUUUGAAUUUUUGACAACAGCCAGCUUGACGCCGAGAUCAACCAUCAUUAACAGCUGCUCUAGGCUAAGUUCGUUUGAUUCCAUUUUCAAUACAAACGAUUACAGAAAAAAUGAUUUAAAGAGAAACAGGGUAAGAUGUUUAAAACUUAAAGGAAACCUGAUAGGAGAUAAAGACGGUGAUGCAAAAUUUAAAACAUUUCAUGUUAGUAAUAAAGUUUCGCUCACAAGCCAGUACGAUUCAAACGCUAUAGGGGUCCAAAAUCAUCACUGUAGAACUAAGCAUCACGUCCAAGAUGAGGCAGUAUGCUCUCCUGGUAAGAAUUUAUGUAAAAAAGGAAAACCUGAAAAUGCAAUACAACUGACGAUCUCGUCUGCUACGUUCAAAAUGUUGAAAAGUGAAUACAAAACGCGUUUGUAUAUAAACGACGGCAAGAAAGAUAAAAAGACGAGUGAUGAAAAAGUGAUUGACGCCGAUCGUGAUGGAGAAGAGGCUGAUGAGAGAGAGGAUGUUGACGCGAAGAUAAUCGUCGAGGUAGGAGACGUUGAAGAGAAAGUGGAGAGAGUGACGAACAUGAAUUGCUACUCGCGAAAUAACUUGAAAAACAUCUACAAACGCAGACAGUUUCAGCAAAACGAGCAUCAUAAUCUUCCACAAGACAACCAUCACCAAUUCAAAUUCUUUCCACAGCAGUUUCAUUGGAGUGUGGGUCUGCCGCCGCGAGAUAGCGCUAUGAAUCAAGUUGUAGCCAACGACCAGCAGAUCUUCAUCCCAAAACCAGUUACCAAUAUCCAGCAACAGUUUUUCCAACAACAACAACAACAACAACUUCAACAACAAGUUCUGCAACAGCAAUUCAUCAUGCAACAGCAGAGAGAGACAGUGCAGCAAUGUUUUCCCGCAUUUCCACCUGACUGCCAAGCCCCUUGCUGCAUACCUCCUCUACAAAACCAACAACGACCACCGUAUUUUCCCAUUUAUAAUGAUUUCGUCCGCGAAAUAAACGAUCAGUACGAUUAUUUGCAUUACCAGCAACAUCAGCAACGCCACUAUCAUUACCCCCGUCUCGAGCAACAACAUCAUCCUCUGCAUUAUCUUCCCCAGCAGAACUUCUACAACCAACACCAACAGCAAUCUCAUCACGAAAGCCAUUCUCGCAAUUCGUGUCCCAGCUUGUUUCAUUCUAGUGUGGCUAGCCUACCCACCCAGUACAAAGGCUCAAUAGAAAUCAUUUAUGACAAAAAGGAGAAUAAUAGUUGCAUCCGAACUCAAAAUUUCACUAAAACAGCUGACGAAAAUGCUAUGAACUCGGAGAAAAAUUCAUAA